AUGACAUUAACUGGCAGUGGAUUACGAAUAGGAAGUAUUCGCAAUGUUUUUGGCAUGAAAACGAUAGAAUAUUCAUCACCGUCGACAACAGACUUCAAUGAAUAUAAUGAUUUGGAGAAAGAAGAAGAUGAAAUUGAUUUUGAUUUUUCAUUUAUGGAUAGUAACUGUGUAAAAGUUUUCAAAAUCUACGAUGAAGAGAAAAUUCGCCUCGAAGUUGAGCUAACUGUCCAAUCGACUAAAACAACAGGAAACAGUUGUUUCAACAAAAAAACAUUCGGGUUCUCAUAUCCAACAGCAAAUGCAUCUGGUGGUGAAGAUUGGUAUCCGAAUACUGCCGUCUCAUUACUCUUUCUCUCUGUGAUUGCCGGAAACACAAAAAUUGAGGAUAUUCUGAGUUCAGAAAAAGCAUCCAGGAAGACACUUAUUUCCACCGAGCUAGCCGACCCACCUCCAUUGUUCUGUGCCGCAACCACUGAAUAUGGACUUAUUAAUCGAGAAUCGCUCAGCAAUGUGACAACACCGUUGUCAUUUGUUGCCAGAAUGCUCGAGUUGCCUCCACCGCUAUUCACGUCAAAGUCAUGUCGUCGAGGAUACGCAAAAGGAAUCGUGGAGGCUUACAUAACCAGAAAAGGGUUGAAUGAUGUGGCUACCAGCAAUGAAAUCAAUGAGUGCCUGAAUACAGGGGCUCGAUGGAAGUCUAGUCAAUCCAAAGUCUACACUGCUGAUAUCUCCGAUUGUGUCGUUGGUGGUGCUCGGAGUGAUGUCGGGAUAGGCGUUGUGGAUUGGAUGAAUGCUAUAUAUCGAUGCUCGCCAUGGACAAAAGAGUUCGACAGUGAUUUUAUAACUCUCGAAAAUUUGGAUCGGACCCUGGAAAAGAAUGGACAUACUGUUGAUACAAACGGCAUGAAUCACCACGAGCGCACACGACUUAUUAAUGUUUUGAAUGUAUCAAGGUGGAACGCAGCGUCUCAAAAAUAUCUCACCAUAGAAGAAAUGGGAGUUAUUCAUAAGAGUCGUCCAAAACUGGACUUGCGGAAAACCUUGCAUAGCUUGUCGGAGUUCUUGGAGAGCAGGCAACUCUGUUUCAAUGGGACUAUCCCAAUUAACACUUGUGGAUCGAUUCGAUGCCCAAUUGUUACCUGUACAAGUCCUGUCAUGUCGACUCAAUCAGAGAGUGAUAUUCACUGGGACAAACAUCAUAAAAAGUCACAUCGUACCGAACAAUAUCAGUGUCAGCUUUGUGAAAACGGAAAAAUCACCAAGUUUCGAUACUUCCGACAACACAUUCUCAAAAAACACCCAACACAGCCGAAAUCUUUUUAUUGGUUUUUCGAACAAGAUAUUCCGGCUGAAAAUACUCUAUCUUCACCAGAAGUUCAAUCUUCGUCAUAA